GAGCAAAAUUUAUCUAUAUUUCCAUAUUAUUCGAGGAACAUUCUGAUCUUCUACAAUUGUUCUCGAAAUUCUACGACCUGAAGACAAAAGAACAGCAAGCGACGUCAGAAGAUUUGGCCGAACAUGCAAAUAAAGUAAUGGAAACGUUAGACGAAGGCAUUAGAGGUCUAGACGACUUAGACACAUUUUUCGAAUAUUUACAUCAAAUUGGUGCUUCCCAUCGGAAAAUUCCUGGAUUUAAAAAGGAAUAUUUUUGGAAUAUCGAAAAACCAUUUUUAACCGCUGUCGAAUCAACACUUGGUGACCGUUACACCGAAAACGUUCAAGGCAUUUAUAAGAUUACAAUAAAGUUUAUUAUCGAGACGCUGGUAACAGGGUAUGAACAGAACGAUAGUGCCAAUAACACCCCAACAUCGCCCACGGCUAACAACACGACUGAAAAGAGCCCACCGUCGCAAGUCAAUUCAUAAUUAACAAAUCCUCCGGGAUCCAGUGCACAAGGGGCGCGUCUUCGCUACCACCCAGCUUCGAUAAACAGGUGUAUACAAGGAUGUAUAAUUGUAUAUUUUUAUAAAGAAUUGAUGAUUACAUAACGAAUUUCCACCUGAUCCCCCAUUCACUAUAUACAAGAAAAGGAUAUUAUAGAACUGUACAUGUAUGUAUUCCGAAAAGACGUAUUAUAUUCUAACCCAUGUAAAAUAUUGACAACAUAGAAGUAUAGAAGUUGCAUAAAUCGUUAUAUAUCCAUGUAAUAGAGCAAACACUUCAAGUGAGUACAUUUUUGGAACACAGUUGCGAUCUAUAUGUGUAAUUUUCGCGCAGACUAGGCCCGAGUAAUGUAAGGUGCGGAGCAUGCUCGCAAUUCACUUAUUGGUCACGAUAUUAUUUAAGCAGUGAUUCUUGAUCCUUGUUUUGUGCGAUACUGUCAAACACUAUACUAAGCGGAAUAGUAAAUUAAGUGUAAACGGUUAUAGAAAUAAAGCAAAGCGUA